CACCAUGGAUAAUACGAUUACAGAAAGGAAGAGCCAGGGAUGAUAUGCCAUCUUUGCACAAAGAAUACCUGACGCUGGUGCCCCCAUCUGUAAAUCUGCAGUGCGUGUUUGGGGGUUCCUGCCCCUCUGUAUGGCAGAAUAAGAUGGUUAUGUCUCAGGGCACAUACACUUUCCUCAGUUGUUUUGCUGGAUUUUGGCUUAUCUGGGGGCUCAUAGUAUUGCUGUGCUGUCUCUGUAGUUUUCUUAGGCGACGCAUGAAGCGACGCAGGGAGGAGAGGCUGCGGGAGCAGAGUUUGCGUUCUGUACAGAUUGAGCCACUUCAGUAUGAGGAAUAUGUCAGCAGCCCACGCAUCCCUGUGGCACACAGAAUCCGUGCACAAGCAGCAACUCAGCCACCACCAUCAGCAGCUCAAGCUCGACCAUGGUCAGCCACCCGCAGGAAUGGGCCUACCCCAAGUGCUGCAAACAGGGACAUUCCAUCCAUGAGUCAAGAACCAGAUUUGUCUCAGCCACCAUGUUAUGAAGAGGCAUUGCUGAUGGCAGAACCACCACCACCAUAUAGUGAGGUCCUGACUGACACACGAGGUAUAUAUAGGAAGAUCCUCAGUCCUUUUCUCACUGUUCAGGACGAGCUUGUGAAACCAGAACAAGCCCUGAGCCAUAAACAACAUCUGUCAGGACCACCUCAUACUCAGCCACUUCCAGGAGCCCUAAGUUCACCAAUUUCAACAAAUCCUCCUCAAGAAGCACAAAGGGUGAGACGACCUUCCUGGUCAGGUUCGGAAAUUGGAAGUGGGGGUCUACACAGACUACCUAGGGGCUGCCAGCUGAUCUUCCCAAUUCCUCUUCUGGGCAGGACUACAGCUGUUUGAAACAACAUGCACAGUUGAAUCAUACAGUAUAUCAUAUAGCUGCUGUGGUCAAAAGAACAUAUGUAAGGAACUGGGUGGGCUGUGAACAUCACAAAUGACCUUGUAGAAACAUAGAUGAUCAGGGUUUAAAUUUGAUUAUGAACCAUUAAAUGACACAAAACCUUCUAAAAUACAAUUCAUCAGAUGCACUAUAAUUAUUUCAUGGACACUGGCUUUUAGGGACUGCAAAAGUGCAUCUAGUAUGCUUGUACAGCCCUCUGAGAAUACAAGUUCAGCUUGGACCUGAUUUUGAAGAUGCCCAUGUUCGACUCUAAGAAGACUCAUACAAACUGAAAGCCAUCUUUCUUGAAUUAUUUAUUUAUAUUUUUUAGUUGCACCUUCCUUUUGUGGGAUUAAAG